AGUUGCAAGCAUGAAGGCAUCUCAGUGCUUCUUGACACUCAAUGCGUUUCAUCAGAGCUUACAAGGAAGUCUAGUCACAGCCAGCUUCUUACACUCCAUCAUCACCACCUGUACUGGUUGAUCUCUUUAUCUUCCAAUGGGUAGCAGUGCUGUGUGGGUCUUCUUGCCUCUUGAGGUGAUCAUUGCUGUAGCAUGUUGCCUGGGUAAUGUGCUGGUGAUCUGGGCAGUGUGGACAUGUGGAGCCCUCAGUCAGCCCACCUUCUGCUUCAUUGUGUCCCUCGCUGUGGCUGAUUUCCUGGUGGGAUCUGUGGCCAUCCCCAUAGCUGCGCUGGUCGACAUUCGUAUGAAUACCUCCUUUUACGGCUGCCUUUUCAUGUGCUGUAUCAUCAUAAUGCUACAAGUGGCUUCUGUCGUCUUACUCCUGGCCAUUGCAGUGGACCGUUUCCUCCGUGUGCACAUCCCUCUGAGGUAUAAAUCUACAGUCUCUAAGAAACGCUUAUGGAUCGUGGUUACACUCUGCUGGGUCACUGCUGCGUUGCUCAGUUUUAUCCCCAUGUUUGGAUGGCACAACACUUUGGGUGCAGACAGUAUUCAAUGCAGCUUCUUAACUGUUAUUUCCAUUUCCUAUGUAGUAAACUUUAUUUUCUUCAGCUUCUUUCUUCCUCCAUUGGCUGUCAUGACAGGCUUGUAUUGUUACAUCUUCCUGACCACUCGAAGGCUGUUAAGAGCAAAUAUAGGUGUGGCUGCAGAGUCCAGGACAUACUACCAGAAAGAACACAGACUGGCUGUUUCACUUUUUCUGGUCUUGGGUCUCUUUGUUGUCUGUUGGCUCCCAGUAUUCCUCACGGUCACUGUAAAAUUAUAUGGUCAUAAUAUUGAGGUGCCCUCUGUUGCCAUUGACAUAGGUGUCCUCCUGUCUCAUGCUAAUUCAGCAGUUAACCCCAUAGUUUAUGCGUUUAGGAUCCCAAAGAUAAAAAAGGCAUGUAGGAAGCUGUGGAGAAGAGUUUCUCAUGACAGAGAACAGCAGCAGAGUGAACAGAACAACACACAGCAUAAUACUGACAGAAAUGCAAACAGCUGUGCAGAAAACACCGCUUCUAAGUGGACAAAUCACUUAAAUGCCCAGUAUGGAGCCAUUACAAUAAUCUAG